AUGUCUCAAAACGAUAACGGGCACCACUCAGGCUCCAACUCGCCUGGGGGGACAACUGAACCUUAUCAUCACGACGAAAAUGCUCACGACGCUCAGGACAACUCAGCGUUGGAGAAUGCCAUUGGUGAUGCUUUCAAGCAGUUUGGCUUUAUAAACAUGGAGCAUAAGGAGGAGGAAACAGACGAACCACGCCAGGAACCAGAACAAUUCGAACACCAUGACGACGAUUUCAACCUAGAAGAGUCUGUUUCGCAAGCAUUUGCCUCAAUUGGCCAGGAGGCGCCAAGGGAAGAGGAACCCAAGGAAGAUAAACAAGAACCAGUGAAUGAGAGUCCAAGGGAAGAGGAACAAGAGCACCAGGAAGUAAAGAACGAGGAAGUUAAUGAAGAACUUAACCUUGAAGAUGUCAUUGGCGAUGCUUUCAAGAGUAUAGCGGAAGACUUAGGCGAUCCAGGUGAACAACAACAAACUGAAGAAACACAUGCACAUGGUGGUGCUGAUGAGCAGGCCUCUCCACCUCAUACCACAGAACAGCCAGAACAACAGCCUGAGGAAGUUCCACAAGAACCUCAGCACGAAGAAGAGGAAGAUACGAAUCUUGAGGAUGCCAUUGGCGCUGCUUUCCAAUCGCUUGUUGAUGAGCGUGAGCCACCAAGGGAAGAACAAGAACCACAAAGAAAGGCUUCUGAUCAUGAGUUACGUGCCGCUCUUUCAUCUUUAAGUGACCCUGAUCGUCGGGAUUCAGUCAACGAAGCCAAGGACCAUAACAUCGAUCUAGCUGGACUUGUAUCGAACGUUGUGCAACAGAUGGCAGGUGAAGGCGACUCAGAAAACGUUGAAAGUGCUAUACCAAAAGAUGUGCUUCAGGAAUUGGCUGCAGAGAUUACGCAUCAAGUCCAAGGCAGUGAGGAUCACAAUCGUAAGGUGGAAGUGCCACUGAUUGAUGAAAAUGUGUUAAUGCAUUUCCAGAAUGAAGCAGAAAAGGAAGAAGAUAAGCAACAAGACUCUGCUAUCUCUAAUGCUCUUGCGAAUGCCGUGAGAACAGCUAUCAGGAAUGCUCCUCAGAAGGGCACCGAUGAUGCCCCAGAGACAGAAGAACAGGAUUUGGAGAACUUGCAAAUGAACGAGAUCUUUCAAAAUGCGUUUAAUAUGGCCAUGCAAAAUCCUCAAGAGCUUCUUACAUCUUUCGAAGGCGAACCCGAACUUGCUCUUCCUCCAGAAGUCAAGGAGGCUGCUGCUUCAGCUAAAGACCUGACAGUGUCCACUGCUGCCGCUAUUGCUGCUCUUUCCGUGAAAGACGCGUUGAACAAGAAGGAUACACAACCUACGGAAGAUGUAACUGCAAGGAAGAAGUCCCUUUCGAUUGCCGAAACUUUGGCGUUUCAUAGGUCUAGCAUGAGCUCAAAGAAGCCAGCUACAGAUAAGCCAGACGAAGCAGAGAAGAGUCUUCCUCAGGCCCCAAAUCCACACUUGUCAAAUAUCUUAUCUUCAUUAUCACAGCAUAUUCAAUCCGGAAGCCAAUCACAGAACUUGAUGCUGCUUAUUCGUCAGAUGACCAAUGCUUUGAUGCUAAACAAAAACAGCGUACAUACAAGCGCUCUUGUUCAAGAGACCACGAGCUCACUAAAGGAGUCGCCUGAUGUGCAUAGGUUUCAUGUCGAAAACUUGAAGUAUGCAAAAGAUUUUCUUACCAGAGGUGACAUUGAGGCGCCCCAGAAAGGCACCACCAUUAUAGACAAUGUCAUGGAAGUCUUGCUGGCAAAAGACAACCAACCUGUGAUUAUCAGCACCGUCCAAGUUGCAAAGCCAGAACCUAAUGAUCUAUUGGACUUCCACAGCUCAGUUUUUAAUACCUUAACGUCGUUUGGAUCCUUAAGAGGUAAGAAUGCCGUGUUGGGAGUGAAGCCCGAUACCGAGUCGGACGAAUAUAAAGAACGUAUUCGUAUUGACAACAGAGAGCGGAAAAAGAAGUGGAGAGAGGGAAAUAUUGAACGUAACAAGGAUAAUGAUUUGCGUUCUCGAGUGAUCAAACGUGCCAAUGUGAUGUUUGGAGAAGAAAACACAUCGGAGAAGAAGGCUUGGAUUGAAGAAGAAUUUCACGUCAGACGUGAAAAGAGAUUGGCCAAGCAGAAGAAGGAAAACGGCAAGUCGUCGGAAAACCAAUCUUUCACAGAGGAGCUCUUGGAGAAGUCUUCAAAGAAUCCAAGUGCCUUGGCUCACGACAGCGUCUUUAUUAAACGCUUAACGACGUCGUUUAAUUUGGUGACCGAGAUUGGUGCUCGUGAAGACCCGAAGUCCAUCAUGACCGCUGCUUCUGCCUAUUUGGCGGUUGUUGCAAGCUCAUACGCUGUUGCUAUGGGGUGCACCGAUGGCAAGACAGUCACCAAUGCCAUUACUCUGAUUUUGAACUCGAUCCUUGAUUCAACUGUUAAAACUGGCGAUUUCUCUCGUUUAUCAUUUUUACUAAAGGCCGAUGAGGCAUCAACUAUAUCCCAGCCAACCGAUACUAAGGAUAUCCUUAGCCGGAUCUCAGCAUUGACAGGUGGUUCAUCCAGUAUCAAAGGCGCUUCGGCGCUUGAGCUUUUAAGGAGUUCUCAAAAGAGACUUGGACUUGACUUCAUCAACAGCGACAACAAGAAGGUCAAACUUGGAGAGUCAAGCAACAAGUACUUGGAGAAGGAUAAGAGUUCAAUGUCACGCAUCCAAUCUGAGAUUGACCAAUUGAGAAGUUCAAUUUCUAGUGCUACUUCAGGAAGCUAUUUGAAUGCGGGCUUAAAAAUGCCAUCAUACAGAAGUACCGUUUCAGCUGUGAAGGAAGAAGUCCCUGGACCAUUACCAAAAGGACCACUGCCUUUCAUCUCCAACAAAGUCGGUACGCUCGCUGAAGGCACCAGCGUUGGCGGUCAUUCAGCAUUGAGGAAGCCCGGCAGCUUCCAGAGACCGGCGUUCUCGAAACCUCAAAACCGUGGGAAGAAUCUAGGAUUUCCCCCACUCUACUCAGCUUCAUUCGAGCUGAAAUAA